CUGAUCGCGCAUUAUCAUAUAAACGGAGAUUAUCUCAGGACCGCUUCAAGUUGUUCGCAAGCCAUACACGGCUUCUUUUGUAAUAGAUUUGACGAAAGAAAUCAUAAAUUAUUUCGUAAUAUUUUAACUGAUAUGCCUAAAGCCUCGAGUUCAGAAAUAAAACGCCAUCUGUUCAGUCAUGGGCGUCUGUGAUUGUGAUCUGUGGAUGUGAUCUGUCCAUAUGGUACAAUGUCCGGGGAGAAGAAGACGCAGUAUUCAGAGGCGAAAGAUGACUCGCCACGUGCUGCAAGCGAAGCUAAAACGCACUGUGCUUAAACGUUGAAUUCGUUAUUCUUCAUUUUACGCUUGACCUUUGCUCCGUGAAACAUAUGCGGACUUUGUGCAUAAAAAAGGAGCAUCCGCCAUAAGGACAAAGCCGAAACUUUGCUAACAAAUUUCAAUAGUUGGACAUUCGUGAUAUCGCAUCCAACAAUGGAUUAUUUAACAGGCGACACCGAGUGGCUCAACAACGACUUGGUUUUGUCGACCGCACCGAGUCCUUCGGCUACACAGAAUGAUAGAACUCGAAGAGGUGCUGGGAUCUUGGGAACAAUCUUUUUAAUUGUGAACACUACAUUAGGCGCUGGUUUAUUGAAUUUUCCACAGGCCUUUGAUAAGGCAGGUGGAGUAGGAACCUCUGUCAUAGCGCAGUUUGGUUUUCUUAUAUUCAUCACAGCUGCGCUGGUAAUACUAGCCAGUUGCAGCGAUAAUACAGGCAGCAACACCAUGCAAGAUGCGUUUGCCUCAUUGUGCGGAUAUAAAUCGCUUAUUUUCUGUGGAAUUUGCAUAGCUAUUUAUAGUUUUGGUUGCUGCUUAACGUUCUUGAUAAUUGUUGGCGAUCAAUUUGAUAGAGUCUUUGCCACAUAUUACGGUCUCGAUUAUUGUCACACUUGGUAUUUAUCCAGACCAUUUGUGACAGCUUUGUCCAGCAGUAUAUUUAUAUUGCCUUUGUGCUUUUUUAAAAGAUUGGACGUUUUGAGUUACGCAAGCUCUGUUGGAUGCAUAACUGUAAUAUAUGUUAUAUGGUUGAUAAUUUAUAAGAGUUUCACACAUCAGGCUGAUACUGUACCAUCUAUAAAAAUUUGGCCAGACAAUGGAUACGAAAUUCUACACAUAAUACCAAUCAUUUGUUUUGCUUAUCAGAGCCACAUGACCGCAAUACCAACUUAUGCCUGUAUGAAGGACCGUCAUCUAGGCAAGUUCACAUUCUGCGCUGUGAUCAGCAUGCUGAUCUGUCUUGGUGCAUAUAGCAUCGUCGGGUACUUCGGCUAUCUUACAUUCGGCAGCGGCAAGGUACCGAGCGAUAUCCUGCAAGGCUACACCGAGAAGAGCGUCGUGCUGACCGUGGCGAUAAUUGCGAUCGCUGUCAAGAACUUCACCACUUAUCCUAUCGUCCUCUACUGCGGACGAGACGCGCUUCUCGGUAUCUUCAACAUUGACCUCGAUCGAAUCGGCGUUCGGGUGAUUGUCACGUUGAUCUGGUUCGUCGCAUCGUUGGUCAUCGCUAUUCUUGUGCCAGAUAUCUCGUCCGUUAUCAACUUACUGGGAGCAUUGUCCGCGAUGUUCAUCUUCGUGCUGCCAGGUAUCUCCCUCCUGCAAAACAUUCUUCUCAAGGACCCGGAAUUAUACUUGAACAAAAAUCGCCUGUUGAUCGUCUUCGCAAUUUUCCUGACCGCCCUCGGUGCCUUUGUAUGCGGCGUCGUAUUUGUGGAGACUCUUCAGGAUCUCUACAAAACACCGUCCAAGUCGCCUCCACUAGUCACCGGUUUUAGACAGUUUAAAGAGAGCCUAUGCGUUUGAACAUUACGUUUACUAUUACUAGAAAUAUAGACUUUGCGUAUUGUACCUGAGUCUAUGCGUUUGAACAUUACGUUUACUAUUACUAGAAAUAUAGACUUUGCGUACUGUAUUAUAUAAUCUCUGCGAGACUUAAAUUUUUAUUAUAGUUAACGACGAUUUAUCUCUAUCUUACGAUUAGCUGUGUGCCAUGUUGUCUAUAGAUCGUACAUGCGGAAUCGAAACACCGAUGGGAAACACAAUUGGGAAAGAAAAUUUGUAAUUCUGCCAUAUUUUUUUUAUCUUUUGUAACGUUCAGAUUGAAAAGAAAAAGACUGAU